AUGAGGCCCACAGGGCCUUGGGUGGAAAGCCAUGACCAGUGUGAGCUUGUGGACUGUCACAGAGGAACUGUGAAGAUGGCCAGCCUUACAAGUUCCACCUCCGAUGACAAGCAGAAACACACCACAGCUCCGGGUAUUUCAGAGGAGGCGGGGCGUUCAGGGAAGAGCAGUGACUCCGCGGAGGAGGACAUGCCAGCUGAGGGGGGAGUGGAAAAUCAGAUCAACGAACAGCACCUUCGCCGCAUUGAACGCAUGUUCAGAGAGGCUGACACAGAUGGAGGGGGAGGGUUGGAUAUGGCUCAGUUCCGAGAUGCGAUGAAGAAGAUCAUGGGCGAUGUGGAUGACGAGGAUGUGGACAUUAUCUUUAUGAAGGUGGACACCAACUGUGACGGCAGAAUGGACUGGGUUGAAUAUCUGAACUACAUGCUUUUAGAGUACAGAGAGAAAGACUCUUUGCAGCAGCAAAACAGGCCAAUCUACUUUCCCAAACCACUCAAGAUUGUGCCUGUUGCACACUGUGAGACCAUUGUUCGGCUCCAGUUCUACCCAUUCCAGCCCCCAGCCGGGGAGAAAAAGACAGACUCUGGGGAGCAUGGCAGGUCCUCGGGGGGUUCUAAGGGCCGCACCCACAGUGGACGCUACCUGUCAAUCAGCCGUGAUGGCGUUCUCAACUACUGGAGCGAGAGGUUCAAGCUGCUGCGCACUGUCAAUAUAAGUCAGAUGCAGCACACAGUGGCCCAGCCCGUCUGGGUGACAGACAUGGUCUGCCUGAGCAACAUCAACCAGCUCUCCAUCUCCUCCACAGGGCGAGACGUAGAAUUCUAUGACAUCAGUGCCAGUAAGUGUGACAUAGUGUUCUCCCUGUCGGAGCUGGAGGCCAACGUGGAGGUCAUGGACUACUGGACAGAUGGUAAGAGAGGAGUGUACUCCAUUGGGGAUGCCAGUGGCACCAUAUACAUCUUUGUCUCCUCUGAUGUGGUCCAUAAUGGCCUGUUCAAUAGUGCUGCCUUCAAGACAGGAACAAACUAUCGCAUCCCUGUGUCAGCCCUGCUCAAAAACACCUCCAGCUCAUUUCUCUGCUUUAGAGUCCCCAGCCACAAUGACUGGAUCCACCAGAUCCGCUACAUCCCAGAGUUGAAUGCCAUCGCCACCUGCUGUGCGGCAGACCAAACUUCCAUGAUCCUGACCACGCUGCCCCACUCACGCAAGUGUAAAAUUCAAACUGCACUCUUUCACAUGCAGAAGGGAAUUCUGUGUUUUGACUACUCACCUGAGCUCAACGUUCUGGUGACUGGAUGCUUCGAUCGGGUUGUGAGGGUCUGGAACCCCUAUGUGACCAAUCAGGCCACAUCACAGAUGAAAGGUCACAGCACCAUCAUCACUCACAUCGCUGUCAACGGCAGAGACAACAAGAUCAUCAGUGUCUCCAAAGACAAGAAUGUGCGGGUGUGGGACCUGCAGGACAGUAUCUGCCUCCAGAACAUCCAAUCCAGGAACGUCAACAUGGGCUGCUUCCCCAUCACCAGCACCUACUAUAACCACACCAGUAACACCAUGGUGAUGGCUACGUACCUAAUUGGAGUUCUUCGAGGGUCUAUGGAGGAUGCAAACUGCUCUGUACCCACAGCUACAACAUCACACGAACAGCCACUCUGUGCUGCUCUCUACAACUCCAACUUCAAACAGGUGGUAAGUGGGUGCCAUGCGGGCGUGGUCAGUGUGUGGGACAUCCUGACGGGGGAGAAGGUAAUGCAGUUCCAAACGACCCCUGAGCGACCAGUCGAGGUCACUGCCAUGGCAUUCGACGGGCCCAAACGCCGCCUCAUCACCGGGUCUAAAGACGGCACCCUGCGUCUCUGGAACUUCAACAAUGGGGCUCUCCUUUCUGAACUCUGCCCCCUGGUGGACAGCAAUGAGGUUACAGGGAUUCUGUACAUCAACGAGAGGAUUUAUGUUUCAGGCUGGAGCAAACGGGUCAUGUGGUAUCUGGACAAUAAGGAGGAGGAUAAGAUGGAGCACCGCGUGUGGAACCAGUACCACUCAGACGACAUCUAUUCCAUGCACGCCCACGGCAGCAAGAUGCUGGUGACCGCCUCCUACAGCGGUGACGUCAUUGUCUGGAACAUAGAUUCAGGGCAAGCCUUCUGCCGUUUCAACGCUAGCGAGAGCCCACUGCCCCUCUUACCCAUACGGGUGAUCGAGAAACCAGGCCAGGUGGUGACUGUUAUGAGUCCAGACGGUUUGGGGAAGGAGGAUGAGGACGAUGUGUGGCUCCGCUCUAUGGUGGAAUUUCUUGAGACCGUGAGCCAGACUCUCAACCCUCAGGCUCGCCGUCCUAGCUGUGCCAAUCCUGCCCACACCAACGUCAUACAGCAAAUCAAUCAAGCCCGGCGUUGCAGUAUUCCAGAGCCCCCUCCUGAUCCUGUGAUUCAGGGGCCUCGCGCCAACAUGCGGCAUGGCCGGAGGGGUAGCAUCUCUGCUCCAGUCUCUGCUUUACUGCCCCAGCCGGUCACAGUCUCCAUGGGUAGGCGGACGACACUGCUGCCCAGACGCAAGAGCAAAACCAUCAACCUCGACGAGCUGGAGAAGCCUCGGUUUGCAGUGGAGAAGGUGUUGUUUCUGGCCACCCGUGAGCGUAGCCCUGACACGGCCAUCCUCCUGACCAGCUCAGCAGACGGCUACAUCUACGCCUGGUCUAUCGGCCGUAACGGAGGGCUGCUGGGGAAAUUCCGUGCCGUGCAUAGCAAGGGGCCAGUCAUCUGUGCCAUGUCCACUGACAGACAGGACCAGAUACUGCUCACUGGAGACAGCAACGGAUACAUCACGCUGUGGGACAUUGAGAAGUACUGUUACCGUAUGAGGGGUGGGGUGGCGGAGGAGGAAUCAUCCAAUGAGGACUCUCUGAGGUUGCCUCAACUCAUACCUCCCUACUGCAAAGUGGAGGGACCACGGAGGCUGGUGGUGGAGCAGGACAAAGAGAUUUUGCAGGGACGGAGUGUGUCCCUGAUCCCCCCUAGGCCCCUGAGUUCCUGGCGCUGCCACCUGAAAGGGAUCGUUCAUCUUGAGUAUGUGGAGCGUUUCCGCCUCAUCGUCACAGCCAGCCUGGACUGUAACGUACGUCUGUGGACCACCGCUGGCAGAUACAUCGGUACAUUUGGGCAGGGCCUGUGGCGGGUGGGCGACCCCAAGGCCCUCCACACAGAGCUCCCAGUGGACCUGAAGAGGAUGGGGUCCUGUCAGACACUUAAAGUCCUUAAUGAGGGGAAGUACCCGCACUGGAGCUGUGCCAAACGCAUCCUGGAGGGCCUGACUGCACAGAAGAGUCAGCAGUCGACAAAGUUUGGUGGGGUCACAACGCAGCUGAGGGAACUGGUUCCUACCGACCCACGGAUCGUCAAGUACACCGACGAGCAGAUUGAGAACACAUGGAGACUGUGGCAGGAGAAGGGAAGGCAUACCAGCAGCAUUUUAGGACGAGCAUACAAACAGAAAGUGAGACAUCACCUUCCGUCCUGUAACCCUGACCUCCAGACAACCUUCAGCAGUCAAGAGCAGUUGAGGGUGUAUAAGGCCUUGCCCUACAGCGUUCUGCGGCCCGUCACCCUGCCCCCUGUCCCAGAGCUUCUGAAGGACCAUCAACACAGGUUAAAUGAGGGCACAGACACUGCUGCCAAGCAGAAGAGGAGCACUAAGCGCCGGCCCCACUCACACACACGCUACCUGGCUGCUCCUCCAUGACCAGAAACUCCCAGGUGCUAAUAUGACCCUCGCUGAUUACACUCAGAAAUAAAAAUAAGUCUGGCAAGG